GAUUCCAUUGUAGUUACUAAUCCUGAUUUAGUGAUAGAAAACUUUAUGAAGUUUUCACAAAUUGUGUCAAGUCUUAAUUAGAGAUUAUAGCCAUGACAGAUUCUACGAAAUCACGAAAAAAACUUGUAUAUGCUGAAGAACUUAACCAUAUUGCUGAUUUGCUGGAAACCUUACCACAUUCAGAAACAACUAUUGCAGUACUUGAUGAUGUUCAUCAAAAAAUUAAUCAUAUUAGAGAAAAUGAUGCAAUUGCUACACAAGUUCGUGGUAUAGCAUUGAAGAUUCCUAUUGGGAAAGUUGCAUCAAUGAUAGUAGCAAUGAUUCCUACUAGAGGUGAUGAGGGAGCUGAUCAAAUUGCACACUUAAGUAAUUGAAAUGGCACAUGUAGCAAAUUUGAACAUUAUAAGUUUUGGAGCUGAUGGUGCUAGAUCUGAGUUUAAUGCACAAUCAAUUAUUAGAAAUGAAGCAUCGAAUUUCUUUGAAUAUAAAGAUU